GACAGUCACAGUUUCUUGAAAACGACAGUCGCACGCUGACAUUGUUGAAAGGCUAACAACAUACAGCGCAGUCAUUAUCUUGUGAGGAAAAGAGAAAAUUAUUCUAUUUUUUUUUUUUUGGAAGGUGGUGAAACUUAGAUACAAACUGUCCUGCUUACAUCUGAUGUCACUGAAGUCUGCUACCAGUGGAAGAAAAGUAAACAGACAGAGAUGACCUACUUUUAUCUGCACCUAUGUAAGGCUUCUGAAUGAAAAACAUCUCUCUACUUCUGGGUAAAUUCAAAUCAGCCAUAUUUCUGGAAGCUACUGGCGGAAGUAUAAAAAGUUUGAGAGUUCUUGUUUACUCAUACUUCACAGAUGAAUCAGGAUCAGGAGCUAUGGGAGCUCGAGGACUGGUACCCACCUCUGUGUCCACCGGAAACCCUCAAGGAGGACCUACUCCGAGAUGUAAACUUCACUCAAGUGGACAAGGACGCUCGGGCGAAACUCAAUUCACCAAAAGACAGUUUCGACAAACUUGUCCAACACCUCACCGGUCAUUUGAGCUCCGAUCUACACAAGUUAAGAGCAAUUUUUGUGUGGAUGGGCGCUCAGAAUAUAGGAUUUCGACAAGAGACAGGCAGUUGUGGAGAUAACAACAGUCCAGACUAUUAUCUACAGCAGGCAUCAAAUGAUGAUACAUUUAUUUUAAUCGGUAAAAUGUUCGCUAAGAUGUGCAGAGCUGCAAGAAUCCCAUGCGUUCUUGUGGACGGCAAGGUAAAAGAUGCAGACUACGAGCCAGGUGAUAUUGAGAUAAAAGGACAAAAUACCUGGGCAAUUGUAUACGUGGCAAACAGCUGGCGGUUCGUGUUUCCUUUCUGGGCCUUUGUAGUAUUGUAUGAUUACCAAAAGGAAAAUUUUGUGCUGGUUGAGGAUUCUGGAACGUCAAUAAAAACAAGUCUCACAGCAAAUGUCGGUACCCCGAUGCUCAUGUUCAACGAAUUUUAUUUCCUGACUGACCCUGAGGAGAUGAUUUACUUCUGUCAUCCGUAUGACGAAGAAAAGCAAUUGCUGACUGAACCAUGGACACGAGAGAAGUUCGUUGAGUCGCCUUACUUAUGUGAACAGUAUUUUUCGUCUGGAUGGAAGCUGACCAACCCGUUCACGUGCGUGAUCAAGUCUACAACUGGAUGGUGUUUGAUUGACAUGUUUAGUCAGGAAGCUGGUUAUAAACUGAAGUACCAGAUCUUUUUCGACGAAGGUCGUUCAGGAAGAAAAUUCCCACAGGAAAUACAAACAGAACUCUACGUAACUAUAAUAAAGCGGACUCAGCAGACGGACUCAUUUUUGGUCAGACUUCCAGUAACAGGAACAUACACAUUUAGAGUAUGGGGAGUUCAUGGAAAAACAACCUUUCACCUAGUCGAAUUUCAGAUCGUCUAUGAUAAUUCAGCUCCAGACACACAGCCCUUGCCGUCCCACCCAACAAACGGGUUUGGCUUUGGUGAAGCAGCUGCUGAAGCUGGUUUGUCGGAGGCUUCCCACACGGAAGGGGUUGUGCCUGUCAAAAAUGGUGAUGAAAUCAGCAUACACUUCAAGGUUAAAGAUUAUGUGGACAUUUUGGCCAGACUGGUCCACUCCAUUCGGACACCAGAAGAACUUCGGGACAACGUCAUCGUGAAGCGAGAAGACGAUAACGUAACGGUCACGGCGAGACUCCCGGCAGACGACCCGAUACCAGAAUAUUCCCUUGAAAUCGAUACUAUAAAAAACAGAAAAGAAAAUGAUCAAUCUUCAAAAAACAUGUUUAAUUUUCCUGUUCUGAACUACUUGCUGACCAGCGAUGAAACACUGAAUGCAGUAAUCAGGGACAAAGACACAAAGAAAACAUUGCAGUUCUAUGAAGAUGCAUGGGUCUCUGUUGGCAAGUAUGACGCAGAAGGAAACUUCAACUGA